AAUAGAAUAGGAGUAGUCCCACGAAUUUAUGCUUUACCCGAUUCUACAAGCAAAGUUCCUCCUUCCUUUCUUCUUCCUCGCUCCAAGAAAUCUUACUCCCUUCAAUGCUCUUUAUCUACAUAAACAUACCCUCACCUAUUUUCUUUAAAUCACCAUAAUACUUUAUUAGAUUUCUUGGUUUGCUCUACAAACAUAAAAGUUUAAUGGGGAAGAUGAUGAUCAGAAUCAGAAGCAGAGAUGGUCUAGAGAGAGUCAGUAUUGACAAUCCACAUGCCACAAUUUCCCAACUCAAGUCCCAAAUCGAAUCCCAACUUGGUGUUCCACUUCAAUCCCAAACCCUAUCUACAAAUCAGAACCUUUUGCUCGCCAAAACCCCUCAUGAUUGGUCUCGCUUCACUGAUAUGGUCAAUUCUCAUGCUCCGAUUUCCUCUUUGAACCUUACCCAUGGUUCCAUAGUCUAUCUCGCUUACGAGGGUGAGCGCACUGUUGCUGGUCCGGCGGUCCAGCCCGCCGGCUCAUUCGGUAAGAAGAUGACCAUGGACGACCUGAUUGCCAAACAAAUGCGAGUUACAAGACAAGAGAAUCCUCACUGUGAGCUGGUUUCCUUCGAUCGCGAUGCCGCUAAUGCGUUUCAGCAUUAUGUCAAUGAAACACUGGCGUUUGCUGUGAAAAGGGGUGGUUUUAUGUAUGGUACAGUAUCGCCUGAGGGAAAAGUGGAAGUGGAUUUCAUCUACGAGCCGCCUCAGCAAGGGACUGAGGAAAGUUUGUUGCUUUUACGCGAUCCUGAUGAGGAGAGAUUGGUGGAUGCAAUAGCUAUUGGAUUAGGGAUGAGGAAAGUAGGGUUUAUAUUUACACAGACAAUUAGUCAGGAUAAGAAGGAUUACACAAUGUCAACUGUGGAAGUUCUACAGGCAGCUGAAUUACAUGCGGAGGGUGAGUUGAAGGAGUGGGUCACGGCUAUAGUGAAGCUUGAGGUGAAUGACGAUGGCGCUGCCGAUGUACAUUUUGAGGCUUUUCAGAUGAGUGAUAUGUGUGUGAGAUUGUUCAAGGAAGGGUGGUUUGAGACAGAUGUUAAGGAUGAGAUUGAUCCAAAGCUAUCUAAGAUGAAGAAAGAUGUAGUGUUAGGAGUAAAGGACACAAGAGAAGUUGAUAACGACUUUUUCUUGGUUGUAGUCAAGAUUGCAGAUCACCAGGGUCCACUUUCUUCAUCAUUUCCCAUUGAAAACAGGAAUGUUCCGGUGAGCAUGAAAGCACUGAAGGAUCAUUUCAAUCGAACAAAGAGUUUUUCUUUUGUGAAGCGAAUCUCAGAUUUCCAUCUGCUACUGCUGCUGGCCAAGUUUCUAGACAUUAAUGCAGAUGUUCCUGCAUUGGCACAAUGUGUGCAUACACAGUCAGCUGUCCCAGAAGGUUACCAGCUCCUUAUAGAAUCCAUGGCUAGUGCCUCUUGAGCAGCAUAGCUGUGUAAUGAGCCCCGGAGUCAUCAGGUACUGCAACAACGAAGCAUCUAGUGGCAUUCUCUUUUGAGUCCUUAUGCUUUCACUCUAGCGUGUGGUAGACAUAUUUGCUGUGCAGAAUCCUAUUGUUAUAUUUACCACCAAUGUAUUUGGAUACUUCGGUUAAAUUAUACUUGCUUUAUUUAAUAUAACUAGUUGGAGCUU